GCCUCUGAGAGGAAGCCAGCUUAGAUGCAGCAGGGGGAAUCCUGAGGAAGGGACAGCCCGAUUGUGGUGCCUCAAACACAGGCUUCCUAAAAAAAAAAAGAAAAGAAAAGAAUAAUAAUAAGACGUCAGCACAAUUCCUCACUGUGGACGUGUCUGUGUUCCAGUGUCCCUUUGGUUUCAUGACAUACAGCUUGGUGACUCAUAGGUCGUGUUUAUUUGGCUCAAACCUGCCGAGACUCUGGCAAUCGAUCAAAACUUGUGAGUCCCUCCUUCUCCCACCCACUUCCUCACACCCUGAGGUAUAAGUCUGGCCGGAUGGCUGUUGACUUCACUCGAACCUGGAGGUGCAUCGCUGGAAGAAACGAGCCACAUCAAAAAGGCGGGAUGUAUUCGGAGCUAGAGUGCGGAAUUUGUUACCGGACCUACAACGCGGGUCGGCGGUGUCCCCGGGAGCUCCACUGCAAACACAGCUUCUGUGAGAGCUGCCUCCUGGCUCUUUCCCGGCCCCUGGCACCCGGCGAGGCGCGCCCGGGAGCUGACAGAUUAAUCGCCUGCCCGCUGUGCCGACAAACCACAUCCGUCUCCGGCGAGGGGACGAUGAGAGCCGCGCUCAGGGUGGACCGGUGUGUCCUGGGGCGGCUGCUGGCCGCGGGAGGCCUCGACCGAGAGGAGGAGGAGGAAGACGACGAGCCGGAGGAAGAGGACGGUCGGGCUCCGGACGGCUGCGACGAGGACGACGAGGGAGCGACGCUUCCCGACGCCCGAGGCGAGGAGGGGGGCUCCUCCGCAGGCUCCGGAGGUGGGAAGCUCCGGCGGACGUGGAAGAAGGUUUGGCGGAAGGUUAGCGGGAAGAACCUCCGGCAGAGCGGCGGGGAAAACUGUAUGACCAAUGAUGACUUGAGGAACCUCGCCAUGAUGUCCUGCUACAUGUUUUGACCCGUCGUCAGCCUCAGAUAACCUUCACACUGGAUACUGUAUUUAUUUCCAAUGGCCCCCCCUCCCAGCAUGGACUUGUGGUGAUGAUGAUGAUGAUGAUGAUGAUGAUGUUACCUUUCCGGCCAGAUGCAUGAGGAAAAUGAACAGGGGUGAUUCACCAGCUUUUCAGCUUCCUGGCUGCUUGUUGAACUUAUGACCACUAUGUAGCCGUCGUGCUCAAAUGAGCAAAAAAAAAGCUAUUUUAGGGCUUUAUUAAUGCACUAAUGUAUUUUGAUAUUUAUUCUUUUCAUGAAUGUAUUUAUUUUUCAAAUAUUUGUUACAUAUUUAAGGAAAAAUAAAAGUUAAAUUUA